AUGUUCCCCCCUACAUCCUUGUUGACAACUCUCCUUCUAGCUUUGUCAAUCGCGGCAUCGCCUGUUGAAGUUCGCAAUUCUCCCGUCACCCUCCCCAUCGUCAGGAAGCUAAACGUUUCCGAUGGAACCAUCAAUCUCUUGAAGCGUGAUAAAUCUUACGUUGUUGCCAUUCAGGAACGCUCCUUUAGCGCGCUUGACCGCCGUGAUGAUAGCGUUCCUGUGACCAACGAUGCUGCGGUAGGCUCCUACAUCGUACAAGUUGGCAUUGGCAGGCCUGCCACAACUUACAACCUAGUUGUCGACACCAGUAGCUCAAACACGUGGAUUGGAGCCUCCACUCCGUACGUGAAGACCAGCACCAGCGUUAACACUGGUCAGCUUGUGUCGUUCGGCUAUGGUUCUGGCGCUUUCUUUGGAACUGAGUACACCGACGCUUUCACUCUCAGUGAUGGGCUCAUCAUUACCGACCAAUCCAUCGGCGUUUCUUCUCCUUCUAUGGCGUUCGGCUUCGCCGGUGUUGACGGUAUCCUUGGUCUCGGGCCUGUUGCCUUGACAGAGGGUACCUUGAAUAAUCAACCGGUGACGCAGAUACCGACCGUCACUGAGAACCUGUACAACCAGAACAUCAUUUCUCAGAACGUCGUCGGUAUCUCUUUCGAUCCCAUCACUUCGCUGACGGGUACCAAUGGGGAGCUCACCUUCGGUGGAACUAAUCCUGCCAAGUACACCGGUUCCAUUGCAUAUACUCCUAUCACCGCCACAUUCCCUGCAACCUUCUACGCGGGCAUCAACGGGAGCAUCACUUACGGCACCACGACGCUCUUGUCUGCAGCUGGUAUCGUUAACACUCGCACCGCCCUCAUUUAUGUUGCUACCGACGUCUUUACUGAGUACCAGUCUGCAACCUGCUCUACUCUGGAUGAGGCGACUGGUCUUCUUCGUAUUACCUCCACCCAGUACAGUGCCCUCAAGAACCUGAACUUCGAAAUUGGCAGCAGCACCUAUGCUCUUACACCAAACGGCCAGAUCUGGCCUCGUUCACUCAACACAUAUAUUGGUGGUAGUAGCAGCGCUAUUUAUCUCAUUAUUAAUGACAUUGGCUUGCCCAGUGGUCAAGGUAUCGACUUCAUCCUCGGCUACACAUUCCUCGAGCGUUUCUACUCCGUGUUCGAUACCACCAACUCCCGUGUCGGUUUUGCCACAACCAAAUACACUAAUGCCACAACCAACUAA